AUGCCUCAAAAGAUUGUUUCUUCAUCUCAUGAGCUAGAAUUCAAAAAAUUCCAAGAUUGGAAUGGUGAUUAUCCUACUCAGACCCUGAUUUUCCACCACGAGUCUUCCUCAUGGUGGAUCAAAGUUGAGAUAGAUUGGUCUCUACCGGAGUCAAUACUGAAGUUAGGCUAUUUCAAGCGUCGGUCUAUGUUUCACGAAUUUGUCAAGGCAAUUGACUUUGGUCAAUUGGAUUUGAUGGAGGAUACCGUGACACGCAUCAAUCUAACCUUGCAUGAGCAAAGCCAUAAGCCGAUCCCGAUUCGGAAUGUUUGGAAUGAGCAGACACAGCCAAAUUAUUUUUUAUCUAUUGCCGAUCGAGUGUCCUUCCAGAUUGAAGAAGAUCCGGGGAGAAUUAUAUACCCGACUCUGGACCAAGCUCAAGAUCUACCUACCAUUGAGGCUAGUCAUCUAGAAGACGCCAAGGUCAUCGCUCCAACCGUCUCCGCAGUCCGUUUCAAGCAAAAACGGUUCGCAUACAAAAAAAUCGACCGCCCUAUCUAUGAGCCAGGAGACGCAGAACAUAUAUUGAACGAGAUUAACGCUCUCGCCCAACUUCGCGGACAGCCGAACAUCGCACAACUAAUCGGGGUUGUUAUAUCUGAAAACCCAUACAAAACCCGUCAGCCAACAACUUCGACGGGGGUUAUCACAGGAUUUCUCCUCGAAUACUAUCCUGAAGGGUCUCUUGAGCAAGUUCUUGCAGAAAAUAAGGAGCAAGAUGAUUCGUUGCUGAGACGAUGGGCGCUACAGACUGGGAGAGCAUUGGAAAUAUUGCACACGCAACGACGGACCCAUCUUGACAUCAAACCGUCGAAUAUUGUUUUUGACGCGAAUAAGAAUGCUAUCCUAAUCGAUAUCAGUGGAACCGGUGGGUAUGAAUGGGAAUGGCUCUCGCCAGAGAUGCAAAAGAUCAUUCAACGAAACGCUGCAUCGACUCCUGCUAGCAUGCCAUUCGACAAACGUGUCGCCUCAGACUGCUGGGCUUAUGGAAAACUACUUUUGACUAUGGCAAAGAAACUUAGCACUGGUGGUUUAGGCAAGAAAUUACAGUCGAUCGGCAAUGACCUGACAAAGGCAGAUCCGAAAGCUCGCAUUUCGCUGAGCGAUGCUCUUGAAAGGAUAUGA